AUGCAGCAAAGAGCUCUCACUGUGGUGAUGGUUGCAACCUAUUUUCCCUAUGUGUAUAUCUAUUUCGUGUAUCUGUUCAUUUUCAUAGUGCAGUGGGUGAAUCGAAGACAGAUUGUUGCAAUUUGCAACGAAUUUAUUGUGCUAUUGCAACUAAUGGGGACAGGACAAAAUCUCGCGUGGAUUCUGAGAGCGGUGUUAAUAAAACACUUGGUUCUAUUCGUCAAAGUAGUCCUGCUGGUUAUAUAUCUUUCCGUGAUUGUUUCAAGUGACAAAGAUUGGCGGAUGUGGGCGACAGUCACAUAUUGGGCUUAUAUCCAGUUAGUGAUUGACGCAAUAACGUGUGGAUACCAUUACGUUUUAACAGUUUUUUCGAAGCUUUUUCAAAAUUUAAAUGGAAACCUGAAAAGUGAUUUAGGUUUCACGGUAGAUACAAUAUUGCAUUCGAGGAGGAACAUUUCACGGAUGUGCAUAGUAAGCGACGAUAUCGACCGAAUUAUUGUCCUGCAUUGUCGACUAUGCAACAUUUUCAAAGAAAUAAACAUUUUGUAUGAAAAACAAAUUCUAGUUUCUAUGAUAAGCAGAUUUUUCCACGUCCUCAUCCACGUAUACAUAGCUUAUUAUACCUACAAUACCGCUGACUUCGAUGUUGUGGCCUUUUUAUAUUCACUGUGCGGAUUGAGUGACACCUUGAUUAUGUCGAAAACUUGCGAUGACCUUCUCAAGCACUCCUUCCUGCUAAGCGAUUGCAUUGCAAAGAGUUCUACGUACAAUGAUUUGGAUGUUAGGCUGGAGCAAACAAUUGAAAUGGCUUCGUUUGUUUUACUCUUCAAAUUUACUAGAACGAGCGUUUGUGGAUUGUACAACAUCUCGCUUGGAAUAUUUCUUCCGGUUUUGUCAGCAUUCACAAGUUAUCUUUUCAUUUUGAUACAAUUCGCAUCAUAUGAUCAAUAG